AUGUCGAUUGUGCAAGAAAAUGCCUGUGGCGUAAAUGUCCAGUUGGACCGUCUCCAACACCAGAUCAUCCGCUCUGAGCAGGUGUCCGCUUCCACCACUACCACUACCACGUCUUACCAAGCCCGUCGGCUACAGAACAUAAUCGAUUCUUUCUCUAUUACUUCGAAAACCCAACCGCUCCUCUCUGCUCCUCGGCUAGCGGAGCUGUUGUCCGAUCCUGCCAUAUCUUAUGACAACUUCGUAUCCGCGGAGACGACACGUCGAAAUCAUGAAAUAGAAUACCUGUGGCUCAUUGCCGCUAAAGCGGCCGUCCAAGCAUCCGGGUUGGCCAUGCAUACUCUUCUAGAUCGCACCCUAGAGCUUCACGAGGAAUCAGAAUAUUGGACCAAGGUUCUAGGGUCUCCUUGGUAUAGUGGCCUGUACGCGGCGCAGACAUCCCCCAAACGGCUAUGGAACUGGUCCAAGCAAGUCUUCCGGGGCCCCGCUGUCCAAGGACAAGACUCUGCAUCUUUAUCCGCCUCACUAGGUGCCAGAUGGGACCAUUUCUACCAGAUUGCUUUACAAAACAUACGAGAGAUGGCUGACUCGUCGUUGCAAUUGAAACUCUCCUCGCCUGUUCGAUUGUGCCGAGCUGAAAUUCGACAGAAGAAGCAUUCUCUACUAGUGGCUAAAGACAUUCAUACCACUAGUCUCGGGUUGCUCAUGGAAAGGUGGCUGUCUUUCCAAGCGAAAAAUUUUAUUGGGACUCAAGGAGACGGACACAACUCAGAGGCCCAAUGGCAAGAUUUGAUUUCAGAAACCGUGUUCAUGACCGAAGCGAUCCUUAAGCAGGCGCCUCUGCAAUCGACUUCAUCUCAAUUUGAAAAAUCUGUGGAGAAAACAGUCACGACCGACAUGACAUCUGUACAGGUGCAGUCGUCAAAAUCGCCUGACGCUGAAAAGCCGCGAGUUUUGAUCAAACGCCUCCAGCGUCUGGUACAGGAUCAUCUUCCGAACCAUAGAUCCUCAAUGUCAAAUCUCGUUAUCCGGGAUGGACGCCCAUCGAGGCUCAUGCGAUUCUGGCUUCCAGCAUCGGCUGCAUUGCUGUCGGCUAGCGUCUCGUUGAGGAUUUUGAUCCACUACCAGGACGAAAUCAUGCAGUGGAUCCUCGGCUUGGGGUCUACUAUCAUUGAUUUCGGCGUCAAUUGGGUGGUUGAACCGGUCAGAAAACUUAUCGGGACUAUACGCCACGACGAGAAGAGCGAGAUUGCCAUAAUGAGCAAGAAUAGCCUAGUUGCAGACCGUGCUAGCCUGGAGCGGAUGGUCAUCGAUUUUGUUCAUGACCGACCCGAUUCCGCAAACCUCAGCACAACCCCAGAGGAUACCUCUGCAAUUGCAAAUGCCGUCAAAGAGGGAGAUCUGACUCCUGUAUUGAAAGCUUACGAACGGGACCUUCGUUCGCCACUUACUGGGACAAUUCGUGGAGACCUUGUUCGAGCCCUUUUGAUUCAAAUUCAGAAGACUAAAGUCGAUGUAGAAAUUGCCAUAAGUGGAAUCAAUUCUCUACUCAAGAGCCAGGAACUUGUAUUCGGCUUCAUUGGGUUGACACCUGGGAUCCUAGUCUCGUAUACUACACUGCAAUGGCUCGGUGGGCUUUUCAAUAACCGGCAGGGUCUACGAAGGGGCAAACAACGACAUGAACUGAGACGUGGGUUGCGAAACAUCAACCGAAUACUUACAUCUGCCUCUGUCACUAAUGGAGUCAUAUCUUACAAAGACUCCGGGCGCCUGCUUUGUGAAUCUGAGGUCUUACUUCGCCAGGUCUUCAAGGCGAUCGGAGGGAGGCAAUAUCGCGAAUUUAGCGAAGAUAUUCAGGACCUCUUGGAUAUCCAAGGAGGUGUGAAGAAGCAACUUCGAGUUUUGGAGCGGAUCCAAUGGACGUACUUCCCUUGA